AUGUUGACAACAGAACAAAUUGCCAAAGACUGUGACAGGAAACUGAAUCAGAUUUUGAUGGCAAAGGAGAAGUUGUUGGUGGAGGAUGAUUCAGUUGCCAAGAAUACUUUCAAUGACUACCAUGGUGAAAAGGACAGUCUAUUUGUCAACUCCGCUGAUUGGUCAAGUGAUGGAGUGGUUCCAAAGCGCCAGGGAUUCAUCGAGCCAAUUGGAUUCGUAACCAGAGUGACAUCGCGUGAAGGUGUCAUCGGUGAGAAAUGGGAAGCCGCUGACAAUAUCUCCUUGAAUGACAAGUUGGAUUCGCUGCCACCUGCUGAACUACGUGCUCGAAAGGAUCCAGGUGUUGUCCAUUGGGCUGCUGGUGAGAACAUUUACAACCUCACCACGGAGGAGGAUCGUAUGUGCUCGAUGGCCUACAAACUGAAUGAGAAGGAGCUCAUUGCCCAGAUCGUACCGUUCAUGGUUGAGCCCGAGGUCGGAGGAUGCUUCUCAUAUGUGUGCCUGGAGAAUACAUUUGUCACUCAUGCGCCGUACAUGGCCACCAACAUGGGCAAUGCCUACUUUGAGAUCUGGCAGGGCAACAUGGAUGGAGUGGAGAAGUGGAGAGAGAAGGACCUUGCCAAGUGGUGGAAAGGUGACCCAACCAAGAAGUACACAUUUGGAAGGUUUGAUCGUCAUCCAAUCAAGAUCAUCGUGCCCAAGGAUGCUACUUUGGCGUGGCAGGACAGUUACAUCCAACCAUUGACUCAAGGUAUUGCAAAGAUCACUGGCUCAGCUGACCUCACCAAGUACUCGAUCAAGGCUCCGCUCCAAGGUAUCGUCAAGAUCAACGAUGGCAAGAUCCUCAUCCAGUUUGACGAUAUCAAUCAAGAGAUCAUCCUUGGUGAGCGUGGUCCAAAGGUCACACCAUGGCCCAUCCAUGCACUUGCCAAUCGUGUCUUGAUUUCUGGUGCCAUUGAGAAUUUGGAGACCAGUCCCAUCCCAGAGGUCGCAGUGUUCCAGCAGGAGUUGGCCAAGUACAAGGACACUUGUGCACAGGUCGUCCAAGCCAAAGUAUGGGCAAUCUGGACAUUGGAGCGUGUCGUUGAGAUGUACACAGCUUUGCGCACUGGUGUGGUCACCGAGAACAGUCCAUUCAUCGUCUACAAGAUUGAUUACUCCAAGGUCUAUCGUCCAAAGGCCAACAAGAUCGUGGAGAACCUGUCAAAGGGCAGUGGCUUUGCUGUCAUCUCUGGCAACACUCAAUGGGACGCACUAUGUGAGUCCAUGAAGCUCAAGGGUGUCAGCAAGUCAGCAAUGCCCGUGGCCAACUGCAUGCAGUACAACAGAUUCGUCUAUGGCAAGUGCCUUGGAACUGGAAUGGGCCACAUUGACAACCUGUUCCUCUAUGACUAUGGUGGCGACUGGACGAUGCCAGCCAUCCGCAAGUGGAUCGCAGGAAUGGGUCAACGAAUCGCAGAGGUUCAUGCCGCCGGAGAGGACUGUCUCAAGUCUUGCAUCGAAGCCACCUGUCUCAGCUAUGAGUUUGUGCGUGCCAAGAAGCGUUACGAGGACAACAUGCGUCGCUCUGGAGUGCAUCUGAUCAACGUGUGCGCAUGGAAAGAUCUGGCCCAGAUGCUCCAUUACCGUGUGAUCGACGCCGUGUUCCUCAAGUCGACGAUCACCUCCAGCAUGGAUGAUGAAGCCUACCUGGCAAUUGGAUUCGCUACAGUGAUGCACGACCUCACAGACUAUGGCUACGAUCUGAGUGUGUGCGACUGCUCCAACAUGCUGUUCACUCUUGGCGCCCGUGAUGGAAAGUACUCUGGCAUCGAGUACGCCUACGCCGUCACUCUGGCCGGUGUCGCAUAUGUUGCCGACGUGCACAGGUACAAUACAAGUGGUCUCACUCUGGUCUCAACACACUACUGGCAGCUCUGCAAUGGUCGUCACCGUAUCCUCAACGCUGCAAUGAGUGUUGCCGAGCAUGCCCAUCCUCGUCGCUUUGUCAAGAAGGACACCCUGAUCGGCACGAUCUUUGACCGCAAGGAGGAUGAGUACUUCAUGCAGCCACACAACCAUCAGUCAUGCGAGAGCCAGUACCAGCAACUGAAGAAGCGUGCACUCAAGUUGGGCGGUGCCUUUGACACACUGCUCCGUGGAAUGGUCGCACGUGUCUAUGAGCGCAUCUAUGGCAAGGCAUUGGAUAACAUUGAAAGCCUGGAGGAGGUGGACAACAUCGUUAACAUUGUCGACUGUGUCUGCAUUGAUAGUCGCAACGAAGGAAUCGAGUUCCUCUGGGACAUGGCCAUGUUCAUGUGGGGCGACUCUGGCAUCAUGUGGCACUCAUUCCUUGGCAGUCUCCUGGUGACCAAGGAUCGUCUCGUUGGUGAUGACACUGCUGGCUAUGGAUAUGAGGACAGACCAUGGUUGGAGCAGAAACGUCAAGAGUAG